ACAUGCCCUGAAUGCAGCUCCGGUGUGGUCUGUAGCAACAAUGGCCACAAUCUGUCAGAUAUGGAGACCGGACCGGGGACGGUGCUUCAAAACCUACGGAAUAAUAACCCUGUUGUUUAUGGACUUGGUCUUACAAUGUGUUAACGGAUACCUGAGUUCUCCUCAUGUUGGCCAGGAUCCGCUCUACACUAGAGAUCCCCAGCAUGGACCUGCCAUCACCAGCCCAGUGGUUCCUUCUGUAUCCUCAGUGUCCCCUGCGGUUGAAGAGAACCCCACUUCCAAGUGUCCUAGUGGGGGUUUGUGUAAUCGCCUUCCAGCUGAUUGCAUCCACUGCAAUUACCAAUACAACUGUACCUAUGGGAAACCAGCUUCCUUCCCUUGUGAACCCAAAAAAGGGGUUCACUGUAUAGGAGAGUCGGGACAACAGCAAACCACCUUCUCUCUCUCCAUCACCUGUCAGUUCUGCUGGCAGCUGGAUCCAUCCCAGUACCGCUGCUCAAACUCCACCAACUGUAUGACAGUCUCCUGCCCACGCAAACGCUACAACGCCACCUGUGACGUGGUAGAUCAUGUACAUUGUUUAGGUAAAAGACGUUUUCUGAAACGUUUAUUUUGUGACUGGACUGGAGGAUACAAAUGGUCAACAGCAUUAGCACUGAGCAUCACACUUGGUGGUUUUGGGGCAGAUCGCUUUUAUCUGGGCCAGUGGCGAGAAGGUCUGGGCAAACUGUUCAGCUUUGGAGGUCUGGGUAUUUGGACUUUGAUCGAUGUUCUUCUGAUCGGGGUUGGUUAUGUGGGACCGGCUGACGGUUCGCUCUACAUCUGAAGCAAAGCUCUUGAGACAUGGCUGGAUGGUUUGUGCCCUCUUCCUCUUCACUCUCGCAGAUCUGAGAUGCUGUGUUCUUAGCACGUUUGCCUGCCCGAGCUCGCUGUGCAACACGUCCUCAUCCCAUCUGCUAACAGGCAGGAAGUGUUUUCCUCAUCACACCAACGACUCUACCCACACAACCAUCAGUUCAAUCCCAAUCAUUCUGCACUUAUCUCCUGUUGAGAUUCUGCAGAUGAAGCUGUACAGGGGAAUGACAAGCCAGUGAAUAUGUCUAUCUGGAUGGUUUGACUUAACUGGUGGUUUGCCUCUGUCAUGCUGGUAUAUAGAUAGAUCGGGUGUCCUGUGUAGCUGCGCUUUCACAGAGAUCCUGUCACCUUGGAGCCAUGCAUUGCUCCUCCCUUAUUGCAAGGUAAAUGCAUGAAUGGGGGGUUGAAAUGGUAACCAUGGCUACAGAGCUUUUUAUGGUGACACCAGACACAAUAGACUAAAAUGUAAUAUUUAUGUCCUGAAAGAAAGCAUGAAUAUGCAGAAGGGAAUAUUUUCAGGUGUUUUCAUUGACAAGAGAUAGUUGCUCCUGUGGAUGAUUCUGACGGUUAUUUUUGCAUGUUUCUCCUACACUGAGUCAGCAGUGCAAACUACAACUUUAUGCCCCCCAUGGGCUACAUAAAUGACACCCUGGUCUUUCUGAAGUACUAUAAUUACCGUCAUCAUCUACUGCAACAUGUAGUCUCAUUUUGGGAAAUGCACAGAUGACAAUAUUGAAGACCAUUAUGUUUGUACAUAAUAAAUACUGAAACACUUCAGAUGUGUUGCACUUGCAAACUGCAGUCACUUGUGGUUUCCAGCUUUGGAGAUUUUGGAGAUUGCCGCUGCAUUCAACUGGUAUUUUUCCACACACUCAUGAUUAUUCGUCACAUUGUAAAGAAGUAUUCUCUGUGUACUAACACUGUAAGAUCUUUGCUUGUGACCGUGUGGCACAAAAUGGUUCACCUCUCACUUCAUGUAAAUAUGUUUGUGUGUUCAGUGUCAGGUCAUUUUAAUUUGUUGGAACACUGUAAAUGACAUUUUUUAA